GAUGAAGGGCUGGAAUGCUCUAAUUGUCGCAAUGGUUUCUACUGGAAAGAUAGUUAUCGUAAAAGCGAACAUCGAAUAUGUAACAGAGAAUGAGCGACCAAUUAUAAGGUGUUCCGUCCUAACAAGACCAAUAUUGAAUAAAAAUGAAAUAUUUGCCUUCACCAAUGACACUAUUAAAUUAAUUAGAAAGAAUUCAUUUGUAAGCUCUACCAGUGGAUUAAUUGUUUCUUUUGAGUAUCCGUCGAUGUUAAGUCCUAAUGAGGAGAGUUUGCGCGUAGCUUGUCAAAUUAACUCUACAAAAAGUGAUAUAAUAGAAAAAGAAGAAGAAUUCUUUACGAAAAUUAGAGAAAAACAAUGCGUUAGAAAUAAGCCAAACGCACUACCUUGGACUUUUCAAAGUACAGUUAAAGUAGAGUGGACAUUUAAUAGCGAUGAUUUUGUAUGCAUUGAUUUGAAAAACGUCUUUUUACACGUUAUUAUUCAAUAUACAAAAAAUUCUGUUGAAGAAUUAAUGAAUUUGGAAUAUUCAAUACCAAUUAUAAAGAAAUCAAUUGAAAUAAAACUAAAUCAAAGUGGAACUCCAACGAAAAUGUUGGCUUAUUAUAUAUAUCCUAAACCUUUAAAAAAUCAUCCAACUGAUGAAUAUACGACAGUAAAAGUAAUUAAAAUUCCAAAUGGUGAAAAAGUUAAAAUUAUUAUUGGCGCUGCCGUCUCCGGCAAUUUGUUACUUUUACUAAUUGUCUUAAUUGUAACCGUUCUAUAUUUGAGAAGAUCGAAGAAAAGAAAGUAUAAUAAAUACUUAGUUAAAGAAUUUAUGGAAUACGAAAAUUUUUCAAGAUCUGCCAGAUACGAAUCUAAUAGAUCUGUUAAGUUGAACAGUUCAUUAUUAAGGAAAAAAGAGGAAGAUAUCGAUUUUUCCAAACUGGGUAAUGGUGAACCUAUUAAACUAAAGGAUAUAAGUAAACUUAUAAACCUCCUGGAAAUGGCAAAUGGAAGAGGAUUUAGACAGGAAUAUAAUAGUAUCUUGAAUACUCCGCUUUCUUCCAUGUCUGCUGGACAAGAGUUGAAGAAUUGUAAAAAAAAUAGAUAUACUAAUGUUAUCCCCUAUGAUCAUAAUCGUGUAAUUUUAAACGAUAUGCCUGAGGGAUAUGAAAGGGAUAGAAAAUUUAUUGCAUGCCAAGGUCCUCUUAGGAAUACGCUUCAAGAUUUUUGGAGAAUGGUCUGGCAAGAAGAUGUUAAAAUAAUUGUUAUGCUUUGUAGAUUGUACGAAAAUAAAAUGAGGAAAUGCGAAAAAUAUUGGCGGGAGGAUAGUCAUCAAUGGUACGGAGAACUUUCCGUUUCGCAUAGUGGAACAACAAAACUAGCUAAUUAUUUUGUGAGAACAUUUAAAAUAACGAAAGGAAACGCAGUUAGAAACGUAGAACAGUAUCACUACGAUUCUUGGCCUGAUCAUGGCGUACCAAGUAAUCCUACAGCAUUUAUGGACUUUUGGAAUAAAAUCAAGUUAAGACUUAGCUCAACUAAUUCAAUUAGCCCAGUUCUCGUUCAUUGUAGCGCUGGUGUCGGCAGAACUGGAACUUUUAUAGCUCUGGAUAAUUUAGUUCACGAAUCGCUGGCUACAAGAACAGUUUCGAUCAAAAAAUGCGUAGAGAAUUUAAGAAAUGACAGAGUUUUAAUGGUGCAAACACCAGAUCAGUAUAUUUUCGUUUAUUAUACACUAUUUGAAUUGAGUCUUUAUGGAACAACAACAGUUUCCUGUAAAGAAUUUGAUAAAAAAUUUUUAGCUGCCAAUCUAAAAAAUUCGGCUAUCUUCAAAGAAUACGAUUUCCUUAGUAAACGUAUUCCUCAAAUCGAUAUGAUAAAAGAAUGUAAAGUGGCAAUGCACACACAUUGUGGGGAUGUAAACGAAAUAUUACCAAGAGAUAGUGAGAGGAUCGUGUUAAAAUCCUUGGUAGAAGAAAGGGGAGAUUAUAUAAAUGCUAUACCUGUCCCGUCUGAAGUUGAGAUUUGGUCGAAUUUAUCGUUAGUUGAACCAUUUAUUGUUAAAAUAAAACGUGAAAAGGUAGUUGACAAAUUACUGAUAAGAGAUUUAGAAGUUUCAUGGUCUGAUAUGGUUAGACAGGUGAGACAUGUACAAUUUUUAUGUUGGAAUAAAGAUGCAACUACACCUGGACUGGAUGAUCUUACAAAUGUGACAAAAGAAGUAAAAAUAUUUCAACAGGGUUUAUAUGAAAGUAGAGUGGUUGUUUAUUGUUCUGACGGCGUCAAAAGAAGUGCUACUUUUUGUAUACUAAACGCAGUAUUAGAAAGAAUCGACCUUGACAGAGAGGUUAAUAUCUUUCAAGCUUCUCGUCAAGUAGCUGAGUUAAGACCACAGGUUAUCUCAACCUUAGAAAGCUACAAGGAUCUUUAUAAGUUGAUUUCUAAGUAUCUACAAGCUCACAGUGAUUAUGCUAAUUAUGAAUAG